UGGGGCGGCGGCGGCGCGACGUGUCGCUGUGAUGGCCGCCGCCGCUGCCGGCCGGGCCCGCGCACCGAGGCGUUCGCGGCGGGGCGUGCGGUGACAGAUGUAUUUGAAGAGGCCGGCGGGCGGCCUCGCCUUCUGCCUCUUCUACCUGGCGUCCUGCUUCACCAACAAGUAUGUCCUGUCUGUCCUGAAAUUUACCUACCCUACCCUUUUUCAAGGGUGGCAGACAUUAGUGGGUGGACUUCUGCUUCAUGUCUCCUGGAAGCUGGGCUGGGUGGAGAUAAACUUGUGUUCAAGGUCUGAAAUCCUGUCAUGGCUUCCUGCUUCAGUACUGUUUGUUGGCAUUAUUUAUGCUGGCUCUAGGGCACUGUCUAGAUUGCCAAUCCCGGUGUUCCUCACUGUUCACAAUGCGGCAGAAGUUAUAACCUGUGGGUUCCAGAAGUUUGUGCAGAAAGAGCAGACCUCUCAUCUGAAAGUCUGUAGUGUGCUGUUCCUCCUGGUAGCAACAGUGUGCCUCCCUUUAUGUGACACACAGUUUGAUCCAAACGGUUAUUUAUGGGCUCUAAUUCACUUGAUCUGUGUUGGGGCUUACAAAGUAUUUCACAAGUUAUGGAAACCUAGCUCUUUAAGUGAUCUGGACCAACAGUACAUCAACUAUGUAUUCAGUGUGGUGCUGUUGGCUUCUGCAUCCCAUCCAGCAGGUGAUCUCUUCAGUGCCUUGGACUUUCCAUUCCUGUACUUCUACAGGUUUCAUAGCAGCUGUUGCGCCAGUGGACUGUUGGGAUUCUUUCUGAUGUUGCACACAGUGAAGCUAAAAAGCAGCACAACCUCAGGGCAAUAUGCAGCAUGGAGUUUCCUUGCAAAGGGCUCAGCCCUCUGAAGCAGAAGAAUGAAGAUCUUACCAAUUACUCCUCUCCUGUCUUUCCCGGGGAUGUCGCUGCCUGCCUGCCUGCCCACUCCUUGGUUUUGUUGCCAGAGGAUCAUCAGCAAGUUGGGUGCUUCUGACACACAGAUAUGCUGGGAGUUUUAUAUGUUAUUAACAGGGUUCCUCUUAGUACUGCUUAUAAGAGGACGAUUGAAACAAGCCACAUAACAUAAUUUAGACCAGUGCCAUCUGCUACUCAAAGUGCAGAAACAUUGGUCCCUGCUGCUCUUACUUACAUAGUCAAGAGACUCUAAGCACAUAAAGGUUACCUGCUAUUAAAUCCAAAGAUGAUUUUAGCUACUACCAGUAUUUUUUGGUUCUCUUGGGCAAUUCUAGAAAGACUGAGCUCAGUGUUACUGUGCAAAGCUACACAACACCUUAUUUCAUGCUUCACUGCAAAACUAACCGCCUGUUGUUUGUUCUCCAUUACCAUGGAGCACCUUAGUUUUAUCUUAAUUAUCUCCCUCAAAGUGAUCACGGGUUUUUCUGGCAGACUUGCCUUUGGCUCUCUCCAGGUAAUCAUCUUCCCCACACAGAGGAGGAUGCAAACGUGCACGAACCUCGCGUGCAAGACAGCAUCCCCUUGGCAGCACAAACGGCCCAGCAGCGGUCAGAGGGCCUGACCAUCCUCUGGACUCAGCUGAAGGGCUGCACAGAAAUUAUGCUGGACAGCAAGUUUCAGUUGCUUUCACCUCUAACAAGCAGGUGCCAGCAUGACCCCAGCUCCAGGGGCGACUGCAUGGAGGGGGAGCGAGCCCCGGGCUCUGCCACACAGCACCAGUAGCCCCCCGGGGUGCACCUUUCCCCACGGCCGCUCUGCAGGCACCGUCUAUUUUACCUGGGACUCCUCCAGGCCGUGGGAGAUUUGCCAGAAUUUAGCUAAAUUCUCUUUAGAAGGAGAAAGGCUCUUUUUAAAAAUUUUAUUUAAAGCAAAGCACUCAGAUGCUUGAGAAUAAGCAGACUCCUUAAAACUGAAAAUGGUAAGGAGGUACGGCUAUUUUUAAACACAGAGAUUUGUCAAUUUUGUCCUGUUGAUAAGAAUCUCUCCCCCCUCCUCCCAAAUUCCGAAGACUGUUGCUUCCUGCGAGACAACAGUCUCUACGAUGUAAAUCACAAUAAUGAAAUCCAGAUGAAAGCUGGUGUGUGCUGGUUUUGAUUCAUGUAACAGGAUAACGGCAGCAUGUUUGAACACACUGGCUCUAAGGCAGCUGUCUCAUCUUGUCAGUGCCAUGCUGGAGACCUCAGCUAACUGCCCUUAUUCUCAAGAAAAGGAAUUGUGCAACUUCUUCCCCCCCCCCCCCCCCCCCCCCCCUUAAUUUUUUUUUUUUCCAUAGCUGCUGCAGAAGCCAAACUUUGUCUGAGUAGUGGGAUGCUGUUUGCCCAGCUGGUGCCUAUAGAAAUGCGUGCAUGUGGGACCCUGCCUGCCAGAGAGGCAGGCAGCAAAAAAAAAAAAAAAAAAAAAAAAAAAGUAUCUGUUGACAGGUAAUUUAAAAGCAAUGCUGAAUUAGUGUGAUUGAAUCAGUUGCCCCUUCUAACUGUUUCUGACCAGACACCCAAGCAUCCCUCCCACUGUCAUGCCGCGGCUGGGGCACAGCACACAGCACUCACGAGCCUACACAGAAAUCCCGGUCCCCGACCCCACUCCUGCCCAGGGCACCUCCUGCACCCCACGAACAGCUUGGCACCGAGCAGCAACCCCCACUGCUGCCCCUGCCCAUGAGGGACGGAGCAGAGGAAACCUCUGGGGUGGCCCAGCGACCCACGAGGGCCAGCUGGUAUCUGACAUGGGAGGGCUCUGCCCUAACAGCAUCCUUUGCUGCCUGCUCUCUGCUUAGCAUUUAUGCUUCUCUCCUCUGUUUUAGGCCAUUUCAUUGCACUUUAGCUGCCUGUGAGUCCCAAAUGAAGCUGCCAUGUUGAGAAGAAGACAUGACUGUAAAUGCCAUGGAUUUUUGUCUGUCCGAAACAAUUCUGGUAUUGCCUGUGUAAGAGCACUGUUCAACAUCAAUGUCCCAAAUUUUAUGAAGGGCUUGCAAAUAUUUCCCUAGAAGGAGCACAUCAUUUUUCUAUCCAAACAUGCUUUCUUAUAGAUAAUGUAUACCCUACCAGGCAGGCACUCAGCACUCCCAGAGCUGUCAAGACACAUGAGCAAGGCACUGGGAACUACCACACUGUCUUUCUCAAAUUCUGAUCUCGAAUGUUUGCAACUUCUGUCAUCCAGAAACGUCUGUCUUGUUUCUCACAGCUUAUUUGCACAAAACACAUUUCACUUCAGUAUUCAGCGAUACUCCUUCGUGAGCUCUGUUCACAUUCUCUGUAUACAAAUCUGUGUAUGUGUAUUUUAGUUCGGCGAUGGAUUGCACAAGGCAAAUGAAAGCCUUGAUAUAUGGUAGCUGACAGAUGCCUGGAUGACAUGAUGAAUACUUCGGCCGAAGUCUGUACUCGGCACACUUUUUGCAUGGCUGGCAGUUUUGAACUUGGAGGUUAGCUUGUGUGUUAUUCACAAGUGUUUUCAAGCAGCUGCUUUCUCAUAGGAAAGCUGUAUAUAUAGUUUCAUAAAUAUGGGAGGAGGGAGGAUGCCUGAAAUGGUUGGAAAGACUGGCAAGAUGAAAUAUUGUUGAAAAUAAAUCCUACUUUGGCAUGCUACCCGUAAAAGAUGAUCUAGCCUCAGACGCCUCUAUCACCUGCUUAAGAAGGAUAAAAUCAGAAUAAAAUAGGUGAAUAAAAUGAAA